AUGUUCACAAAAGUAUUUCUUGAUCUAUCCAAACAAUUAUUUUCUCCUUUAUUGGAUAUUCGUUCAAUUUAUUCAUCAUUGUCAUCGCUUAUCGAUGAUAUUCUCAAACAUAUUAUUUUUCAUAGAACAUGGAUUACAGCUUAUCGUGAUUAUAUACAAUCUUUAUCAUCAAAGAAAACGAUUUCUUGUCCUGUAUCACCUUUAUUUACUACACUCGAAACAUUUGUUAUCGCAGGAAAUGCAAAUGUUAUUAGUUUUCUUCCACUUAUUUUUCGUCAUUGUAUUAAUUUAAUUGAAUCAGAAAAAGUGUCUGAUAUAUUUGAAUUAUUAGUUCAAAUGAAUAUAUGGCUUGAACAAAUUCAAAAUGAUAAUAUAUAUAUUGAUGGUAUUUGUCAAUUACUUCAAAUUCUUGAUGAAAAACAUUUAAUUGAUCAAUUAUUAAAUAAUUCUUUAGAAGAACGAAUAACAGAUUGGAUGAAAGAUAUUUUAUUUAAACGUUCUUAUGAAUAUAAAACAGAAAAUUAUGCAAAUUUAUGUGUUAUUUGUCUUUAUCUACAUCCAACAUUAAUUGAAACAAAUUUAUCUCAAAUUGUUCAAUUAUUUAUUGAUUCUAAUCGAUGUCUUUCAAUUUUUCUUAUUGGUUAUAUUGAUUUAUAUUCAAGAAUGAGAUCUUUAGCAAAGUUAACUAAACGUUUAACCAUUGCAUUUGAUAAAUCAAUUAUUCUUCCGGAAAAAGUUUUAAAACAUAUUGAUCGAUCAUGGUUUAUAUCAAAUGAAGAUCGUCUUCGAUUAAUUGUUCAAGCUUCUAUUGAAUAUGCUAUCGAAACUAAUUCUCAUGAUGAUUCUCAACCGAAGAAACGACGUAAAAUUGAUUUUGAAGAAAAUCUUGAUUCAUUUUAUGAUUAUUUACAAACAAAAUCAUGUAAAAUCGAUGAUAAAAUCAUUUCAUUAUUUUCUUCGAUUAAUUUUGAUAGUAUUAAAACAUCUGGAAUAUUAGUAUCAAUUGGUUGGCUUGCAUUAAAUAUUUCCCCCAGAUCUUUAGAAUCAAUGCAAAUUCUUCUUGAUAUAAUAGAUUCAUCAAAAAUCUUACCAUUACUAUUUAUUAGUCAUUUAUUAGAUUUUACUUUAAAUACAGAUAAUGAAAAAAUGAUUGAUCAACUUUUAAUUAUUAUAUCAAAUAAUUUAAAUUAUCAAACUAUUUUAAAAAUAAAAACAAAUAAAAUUCUUGAUGAAAUGAAAACAAAUGAAGAUUAUCAAAAUAUUCGUUUAUUAGAAAAAUAUCUUUUAUUAUUUUAUUAUAGUCGUUCUUUAAUAUCUUCAAAUGAUCUUUGUUUAAUAAUUGAUCGUUUAUUAAAUUCAUCAUCACAUUCAUCUAUAUCAUAUUCAUCAUUAGAUACACGUUAUAUUUUAGCUAUGAUUAUAUUAAAUUGUUUAUCAUCAUAUGAUAAAUAUUUAAAAUUUCUUCAACAAACAUGGAAAUCUAUUGUUAGAGAAAUAAAUGAAAAUAAUCAUUUAAAACAAGUUGUUAUUGUUUAUGCUAAACAAUGGAAAUAUGUUUUAAAAUUUAAUUCAACAUUAGAUGAUAUCAAUGCAUUAGUUAAAUGUUUAAAUGAUCAAUAUGAAUUAAUAUCAAAUGUUAUACAAUCAAUUGAUCAAAAUCAAUUUCAACAAUGGAUAGAAAAUAUAAUUCAAAAUAUUAAAAUUCCGUUAGAAGAUCAAGAAGAAGAUAUUAAUAAUUGCCGUCAAGCAUUUCAAUUAUUACAAACAUUAAGUCAUUGUUCAUUAAAUAAAGAAAAUAAUCUUUAUUUAUUGACGAUAAUUAAUUCUGUAAGAAGACUUUGUUAUAUUUGA